AUGCAAAUGCCAGACACAAAUGACCACCCUGUAACCGAGAUUAUUUUAUUUCAACUGCUCUGGAUACAAGGUACGCUGGAAUUCGAACGAAGCAAUUGCACACAGAGGGGCUUCCCCAUGUAUGAUCCCGAAAGCGAAGUAUGGAAUUUCGUAAUCUGGAUCAACGAAAACCGUAUGCCACCAUUAACUGUACUACAGUAA